UCUGGAAGAAGCAACUGCAAUUCUGAGAAUAAAAUGGCUUCUGUAGCCAAACACAGGCAUGUUUCGUUAAAUUUAAAAACAAACAUUCAUGAUUUACUCUCUAUCCACAACUUGCUGUUGAUCAUGGGCCCAGAUUCAUAGACCUGAAAGAACGGUGGGAGAAAAGCUGUCAAUGGUAUAAUUUCUACAUCAUGCCACUGCAUCUUUUACUUUUUACAAAACUGUAGGCUCUCUCAGCAAAAAACUUUUCAGGCUUGGUUUAGAAACCUCAAAGUAGAAAGAGUCAGAUAAGCAUUUCUAUGGAAAACAUUCCUGUAAUUGAGUUUAACAGGCACCCAAAUACUUCUGUGAAAUUCAACAUAAAAGCAAAACAAGACACCUGACAGUGUGGUUUCUACAAAAGUAUGCUUGUAUCAUAUGAAUUGAACAAAUAAUCCUAUACAUACUCUUCUGUGGCAACAUGGGUGGAUAUUACAUGCAAGCACACAUAUACAUUUUUUUAUUCCCUCUCAGAAUCGUAUGAUCAAGGAGACUGUCAGUUUGCUAGUGAAGUUGUAAAAGCCUGAGCUACAUUUCCUGUUUGUAAGAAAGCUGGUGAAGAGAAGACUAGAGCCCUUUGAGAUUGACGGCAACUCCAGGGACAGAUUUGUGCUCCUAAGUCUGAUAUAAAACAGCAUCCAAGGUCUACCAACGUAACAUAAGUUGAUUUCCUGUUGGAUAAAGAGGUGCGGGGCAUUCUUACAAUCAACAUAACCAGAAGAGUUCUGAGCAGGAAGAAAAGCUGCACCUUAGCCAAUGCGACUCAUGAUUUUGCACCACAUGGGAUUAUUUAUCUUACUUCAUCGUUGUAAGAACAUCUGUGGAUUGGAAUAAAACAAAACUAAAAGAUCUCCUGCAACACCAGCGUAAUUAGGGAAAAAACCAGAAGGGACACUUCCUAAGUUACAGGAAUGGACUGCCACUAUUCUGUCUGGGGAGUUUUGGCCUUUCUAAGUUUGGCUCUCAUUUUUUCAUUGAUACUGAAUAUUUCACACUAUAUGAAAAAGAAACAAGAAGCUAAAACGUAUAAAGACAAUGAAGACGACACUGAAAGCUAUAAUGACUGCUACAGAGGAGAUGACCCAGUUUAUGGCAAUCUCAGUCAAGAUAUUUUAGAGGAAUGUUGUUACGAGCAGAUGAAGUCCCAGCCUCAAAGGCCAGUUAAUGAACCACAACAGGUGGAAUCAGUUGAUCAGAUGUGUUACGCCUCACUUGAUCACAGCACCAAGGGAAAACGCAGAAAACCAAGGAGAAAGAAAGACCCUCCAUUAGAGGAUGAAGAAGAAAGAUCAUCUAAAUCCACCAUUACAGCUUCCAAAGCUUGCAUUUACCUUAACAGUGAGCAACUGGCUGCUGAAAAUACAGCAAACAUAGAAGCCAUUCAUGACGAUCCCAUAAGAUUAAUGGGUUUGAUUCAUAGGACAAAUGGAGAGAACAUUUGAAGUGGCUUCAUGAACGAAGUAUGAAAUCAAAGUGAGAUCUGCUUUAUUAAUUCUGGAGGAAGAGUGAAUGAUUAGAGACAGUACCCUGCCAAACUUAAAUUACAAACAAUGGUGUGAAGCAGCUAAGUAAAACAUUCCAAAUCAUCUUCAAAACACAUCUAUGGAUUAAGCAAAAAAUAGCUGUAGGCUCAUGCUGCCCUUUUAAAGGGACUUUCCUUCUGAAUACAUUGUGAAAGGGAGCUGUGAACACAGAGAUACCAGCUUCUACAUGGUAAAGUAAAAAUGAAUACUUUGUUUAAAAAUAACCAUCGAACUUCAUACAGUCCUAGAAGAUGCACUAAGUUGCCUGUAGAGCUCUCACAGAGUAUGACUACUCUUCUACAUAGGUUUUAACAGUGCUUUUGAAAAGAAAUGGCGUUUCACAUGUGCACACUUAAGCGUUCAGAUGCUUUCUCAAUUAAAAAUAGGUCUGCAUUCAAGAUUGUGUAUUUUCCCAUGGUGAACAGUCUACAGCAUGGGUGUCCAACCUUUCACCUUGCCUGGGCUGCACUAAGAGAAAAGAAACUCUUGGGCCAAUGUUUUGGUUGCUGCUGAAUGAUGGGGUGCGCUAAGGACCAGCUUGGACUGCUUGGUUGGGAAGAGCCACUGCCAUGAUGGGAAGGGGUGGGGAGUGAGACUAAUUACUAGUGGUCUUGGGCUUCAUGCAGCCUGUUAUAUAUCCUCACUUUCCUUUUGUGAGCAAUAUCGGCGUAUAUCUCCAAUCUUCACUCCUCUACUAACGUAACACUUUUUUUGUAUAACACGACUUUUUUUGUACUCAAGAAUAAGUAAGGAUACUGGCAAAUGAUUUUUAACCAUCAGUCUUUGCCAGAGAAUUUUUAUAAUUUUCUAUUUUAUAUUUAAAUUCCUAGUACCUUUGUCAAUAAACUUCUUCACAAAAGUAGAAAGAACUACUUAUUUCCCCACGUAAUUUACAUUCUAUGUGCACAUUCAUCUUUACACUUUCAACUCAUCAGAAGGUAAGCUUUUAUAGAGUGGGGAUUUAUUUUUACGUGGCACAUUCUGGGAGUCAGUAAGUAGCAGAAGGAAACAGUAACACAUGUUGAUGUGCUAUGCCUACUCUCUAGGUUUUGGACAGUUCUGUCUUUAAAACCAAACCAAAACAAAAAACAAAAAAAAAUCCCAACAGCAAGUAAAUAAAUACACCCAUGCAGAGCAUUGUGCCAUGCACCUUGAAAUGCUAAAAGGCAUUCAGAGUGCCAGUGUCUAAGGUUCUGAAGGAGACAAUAGCUCUAAACCAGUUACAAGAACCAAACCACCUACAGUACAAAG